AUGUCCUCAGAAGACCUGGCAAAGGUUGUAGCAUCAAAUAUUGGAGUAAUAAAGCAAACCAUCGAAGAUGCCGUCUCCUCAUCACCUCUUACAAAUCAUUGUAACCUUGUUGCUGUGUCUAAAACAAAGCCAGUAGAAUUGAUAGAGGCUUGUAUUGAAGGUGGUCAAUGGGAUUUCGGUGAAAACUAUGUGAAUGAGUUGGAAGAGAAAUCCCAGUCGUUGCAUGAAAAGUUUCCCUCUAUUCGUUGGCAUUUCAUUGGACAAGUUCAAAGUAAUAAAAUUCCAAAAAUAUGUAACAGUCCAGGUUUAUACGCGGUUCACACCUUGGAAUCUGAGAAACACUGUUUGGCUUUCAAUAAGGAGUUCGUGAAAAAAAACCAAGAACUGAAUGUUCUGGUGCAGGUUAACACAAGUAAGGAAGAACAGAAAGGAGGAUUGCUUGCCGAUGAUGCUGUUAAACUUGCUCAUUUCAUCAGAGAAAGCUGUUCCAAUUUGAAGUUUUUAGGCUUCAUGACCAUUGGCUCUUUUGACAAUAGUCAUGCUAUCCCAAAUCCUGAUUUCGACGAGCUUUUCAAAGUUCGUUCUCAAUUCUCUCUCCAGUCCGGAGUAGCAGAAGAAAAGAUAGAACUGUCAAUGGGUAUGUCCGAUGACUACGUACAAGCAAUACAACAAGGAAGUACAGUAGUGCGUGUCGGCAGCAAGAUUUUUGGUGCUAGAAUAUACAAAAAUUAG